GUUCCUUUCCUUUCGCUGGGAUUGCAUGUUCUGAACCCAGAAUACCUGUGCUGAACGUCAUCAUGGCCGCAUCGAACGCAAGCUGCAUCUUCUGCAAGAUCAUCAAAGGGGAGAUACCGAGCUUCAAGCUGAUCGAAACCGAUCUUUCCUACUCGUUCCUUGACAUCGGACCUCUCGCAAAGGGCCACUCGCUCGUGAUCCCGAAGUAUCAUGGGGAGAAGUUGCACGAUAUUCCUGAUGAUUAUCUGAAGGACUCGCUCAUCGUAGCGAAGAAGAUCGCGGUUGCAGUUGGAUGUGAGAACUACAACAUUCUCCAGAAUAAUGGCAAGAUCGCCCACCAAGUGGUCCCCCACGUACACUUCCACAUGAUCCCGAAACCUGCAGAGUCGGACGACGCAGGUCUGGUCAUCGGGUGGCCUACACAGCAGAACCUCGGGAUGGAUGAGAUCAAGAAGUUGCAUGAGGAGUUGAAAGGGAAGUUGUGAUGAACUUGGAGAUGUGAUGUGCGUUCGGACUAAGACCUUAGGGGAAGGGGGGUGAAGAGAAGUAGCGAGGGUCCCGAGUCCAGGCGCGAAUGAAGCACACGCAAACUAAAUAUCUUGUAUGUAUUAACUGCACCAUCAUUGAAUCGCUAACCGUUGCUAUUGUGCUUACCUGUAAGGAAUAAUCCGUUGGUGGGACUUAACAGGUUUUCUUGGGUUUCCUUUCGAUUUCGUUCGAUUUUCUCCGUUCCGGUCGAAACGAUGCACAAAUAGAUCUAUAUAUGCUAUUCAUUUUACUGAUGAUUGGAUGUGCUUUAGGUUUUGCUGCCCCGAAUGUUGCUCGUACUUAGCGACC